UGUGUGUCGCUCGAUUUUGCGGUGUUCUGGGUGCGCUCUUGGAAAAACGUUCGUUUGUUGCUUGAUUUCGUUCUUGUUGCGCUCUUCCAGGCAAGCAAUCUUUCGCUCCCAAAUCGUCCAACCAGUAGCGCAGUCACUAGUCAGUCGAGUGUGAAGUUGAAGGCAAAGCAGCAAGAGAAAAAUCGAGCGCCAACCAAAGCGCAUCAGCAGAAAAGUCCGCCUAAAUUUUCCCGGGCAUUCCGCUGCAAGACUGCUAAAAAAGUGCGAUAAGAACAUUAAAUUUUUUCGGUUAAUCACAGGCUACCUGCAAAUGUGCUGCUCAUCUCAUUAGUGAAUGGUGCCUGGAAUAUGAAUUCGGUGGUUAAUUUUUUCGAACGGCAAUACGGAAAUGGAUUUGUGCCCAACUAUGACGCCGUGUUGUCGCGGUUGGCCGUUCACGAACAGGACAGCUGGAAAGGGAUCAGUCCUUCGGUGAUGACGGCCGAUUUCAAUCCGGCCCCACCGAUUCUGGCCGCCAAGUUUGCCAAAUGUGAAGGUAACGAGCAUAUCCUGGCGAUUGCCAACGAAGACGGAAAGGUGGCAAUCCAGGAUACGAACCUCAGGAAUGAGGAACCAGGUGGAGAGAAGGCUCUGGAGGGAGAGCAAUGUCACCUGAAUGCGGUCUUCGAUGUGGAAUGGAUGCCGGGAGACAUGAAACUGGUUUCGGCUUCCGGAGAUCACACCGCGAGACUGUGGACCCUGACUGAAUCCAAACUGGUGAGCAGUCAGAUUUUCAACGGUCAUUCGCGAUCGGUUAAAACGGCCGCCUUCAGGAGAACGGAUCCGGCCGUGUUUGCUACCGGAGGACGGGAUGGUGUAAUAGUGCUGUGGGAUAUCCGAGCCCAGCUCGGAUCCAAUAUGGCUCCAAGAGCAGACAAUUGUAUCUUUAGUGGCCAUUCGGGUGGGCCUGGGACCCCUUCGGCCUACAGGAAGCGAACCAGAGCCACGCCGAAGAUGCCACCCAGUGGAUGUAGCAGUAGUAUUACCGGAUUGGCUUUUCAGGACGACAACACGUUGAUAUCCUGUGGGGCCGGCGAUGGUAUCAUCAAGGUUUGGGACGUACGGCGGCAUUAUUCGGCCCACAAUCGGGACCCACUGCCGAAGCACAGUUUCCCGUACGCGGGAACGACAACGCUCAAAGGUUUCACCAAUCUGUUGAUCGACAACGAUCGGAUGCGACUGUACGUAAACUGUAUGGACAAUCACAUCUACUGCUACAACAUUUCGACCUACUCGGCGCAACCGAUGCAACGGUACGGUGGCUUCAAGAAUGGAACCUUCUACAUCAAGUCCUACCUGAGCCCGGACGGAAAAUAUCUGAUCAGUGGUUCGAGCGACGAAAAGAGCUACAUCUGGAACGUGAAAAGUUCUCAGCCGCUGGUUCGGUUGAAUGGUCACACGGUGGAAGUGACUAGCGUAGCCUGGAUGCAGAACCAUCAGGACAUUCGGAUUGUGACUUGUAGCGACGAUGCUCGACAUAAAAUAUGGCGCAUUGGACCGGAACAGAUCGAAGAGGACGAAGCUGUCCUGUACCGGGGAACAGCAGAAUACUGUGAAAAUUAUCGACAAGAGGUAGUUAAGGUCAGACUAAAGUCGCUGGAGUUUACUCCGAGAUCAGUUCGCCGGCUUGUCGAACGCAACGAAACGACUCCGAACACCGUUGAGAAAAAAGUUUCCAACAAACGAACCUUCUUGGAAAUGGCCGGUUGCGAUCAACAGGAUCCGUGUACCUCUUACAUGGAAAUCAAACGACCCAACAUUGAAACGCGUGGUCGUCGACUGUUUAGUCCCGCAAACGCCAACUGUAAAACAUCUGGAUUCGCUGCCUUAGAAAUUGCGUCUUCGUCGUCUUCAUCUCGAAGCCUUACUGCCAUUCUAGAGGAAAGUGAUGAUAAAGCAUCUACACCCUGUAAAUCACCUCUCACAAUGUCCGAUCUUAACUUGAAGUCCCCGGAACCAUCAACUUCGUUUAGGAGCACCAACAAUGGCCUAUCAUCUCCUACCAUAAACCUUCCCAAUUAUGUACUGGAUGGUGAUGCACCACAUCUAGUAAAUGUGGCCAAUAACAGUUCCAACAAGCGCAAGCUGAAAGAAAACGUGGACUGGCUCACUAAAAUUCGGAAGCAAAAACUGCUGCAAGCAGCCAAAUCCAUCGAAAGCUCCAAUAGCUCGACGGGUCCUGAUGACGUAACUCUACUACUUUCACCGCGUCUUCAAAUGUUAAAAACAUCGGAAGACAAUCCUUACAGUGGCACCGGCAACAACGGAAGCACUCAGAACAACACCAACCUCAAUCAAUCUCACCAGCAAACGCCUCAUCAGCCGACAACUCCGCGACGGAGACGAAAUGGAUCGGUGGACGGUCAGGCGCCUCGCACCCCUACCGGUCGGCGAAAUUCCGUUGGAAUACGACCUUCCACGCCGGAAACCUCGAUCCUCCGGUUCUUCACCGUCACUACACCUACGACCACGGCCGGAGGCAGCGCCUCCAGCGAAGGCGGUCAUUAGCCUUCAUUUUCCUCUACUUUUACCACCACAUCGUUGUUUCUGGACAAUGAUACAACCAUUUACUCGGCCAACUUUUAAAGCUUUACAUCCUCCUUUUGAGUUAGAAGGAAUAAUAUUAAUUUUUCUCACUGAAGCGUGUGUACUUUUUUACCAGUUUACAUUUUUCCUUUCGAGUAUCAAAUGCUUUCCACGUUUUGUAAAAAUAAGCGAGUGAAUUGGAUUUGUUUCUUUUCCUACUAAGGAUUUUAUUUUUCUAUCAACUAGAAAAAACGGUAUUAAAAAAAAAGUUUGAAGCAAAGUUGAAGGUACCAGAAGGGAAACAACAAAAUGUUAUUUUGUUUACUAAAAACUAUGAAGAACAGGAACGUACCCUCUCACCAGUAGGAUUGCGUUUGCCCUGCCAUGAAUUUAUACUCUUUAAAACCUACUUAUUAUUUCUAAACUAAAAUCCUGUACAUAUGAAAUGAAGAUUCCUAAUCAACCAACCAAAUCAAAGAGAUAAAUAUAGUGAAUGAUGUUUGUAUAAAAAUGAA